CUGUGUGAGAAGCAGCAGCCGCCGACAGAGGAGACCUCAGCAUCCUCGGGAGCCCAGCGCUGGCCCUGCCUCUGCCCGGCCCGCCGCCGCCGCCGCCCUUUCGGUUCCUGCUACUGUCUCACCUAAACAACUCCCAUUGAGCGGACAAGCAAAGUUCCAUGACUGUCUUCUUCUCUCCUUCCUCCUCUUCCAACUCCUUCUCCUCCCACUUCCCAGCCGCUGCGGAAAGCCCCUAACCCAACUGACGCUGGCAAGGCUGCGGACAGUGUCAUCUGCACUUUAUCUCGCGGCUCCGGCUGCCCUAAGGCAAAGUUGCAGCGCUCUGCAUCUUUCUCCCCCGCCACCUCCCUCUGCCUCUGGAGCGUCCCGCCGCCCUGCAGCACUCCCCUGGAGCUGCGCCCUAGUGCCCUUGCUGGGCAGUGGCCUUCCCCCCUCGUUCCCCCAUCCUCCCGCGUCCUGCCACUGCUGCUCCGGGUAGACGAUGCUGAAGAUGCUCUCGUUUAAGCUGCUACUGCUGGCCGUGGCUCUGGGUUUUUUUGAAGGAGAUGCCAAGUUUGGGGAAAGGAGCGAAGGGAGCGGAGCGAGGAGGAGAAGGUGCCUGAAUGGGAACCCCCCGAAGCGCCUGAAAAGGAGAGACAGGCGGAUGAUGACCCAGCUGGAGCUGCUGAGUGGAGGCGAGAUCCUGUGUGGUGGCUUCUACCCCCGAGUAUCCUGCUGCCUGCAGAGUGACAGUACUGCAUUGGGGCGUCUGGAGAACAAGAUCUUUUCUGCCACCAACAACACAGAAUGUGGCAAAUUACUGGAGGAGAUCAAAUGCGCUCCUUGCUCCCCACACUCUCAAAGCCUGUUCUCCUCACCCGAGAGAGACGUCCUGGAUGGAGAGCUAGCACUUCCGCUCCUCUGCAAAGACUAUUGCAAAGAAUUCUUUUAUACUUGUCGGGGCCAUAUUCCAGGGCUUCUUCAAACAACUGCUGAUGAGUUUUGCUUUUACUAUUCGAGAAAAGAUGGCGGGUUGUGCUUUCCGGAUUUCCCAAGAAAGCAAGUCAGAGGGCCAGCAUCUAACUACCUGGACCAGAUGGAGGAAUACGAGAAGGUGGAGGAGCUCAGCAGAAAACACAAACACAACUGCUUCUGCGUGCAGGAGGUCGUGAGUGGGCUACGGCAGCCUGUGGGCGCCGUACACAGUGGAGAUGGCUCCCAUCGCCUCUUUAUUCUAGAGAAGGAAGGCUAUGUGAAGAUCCUGACCCCAGAAGGAGAGGUUUUCCAGGAGCCUUACUUGGACAUUCACAAACUCGUUCAAAGUGGAAUAAAGGGAGGAGAUGAAAGGGGCCUGCUAAGCCUUGCAUUCCAUCCCAAUUACAAGAAAAAUGGAAAGCUGUAUGUGUCUUAUACCACCAACCAAGAACGGUGGGCUAUCGGGCCUCACGACCACAUCCUCAGGGUUGUGGAAUAUACAGUGUCCAGGAAAAAUCCCCAUCAAGUUGAUGUGAGGACAGCCAGGGUGUUUCUGGAAGUUGCCGAGCUCCACCGGAAGCAUCUCGGAGGCCAGCUGCUCUUUGGCCCUGAUGGUUUUCUGUACAUCAUCCUUGGGGACGGUAUGAUCACGCUGGAUGACAUGGAGGAGAUGGACGGGUUAAGUGACUUCACAGGCUCCGUGCUGAGGCUGGAUGUGGACACCGACAUGUGCAAUGUGCCUUACUCCAUACCGCGGAGCAACCCCCACUUCAACAGCACCAACCAGCCCCCAGAAGUGUUUGCCCACGGGCUCCAUGAUCCGGGCAGAUGUGCCGUGGAUCGACAUCCCACUGACAUAAACAUCAAUUUAACAAUACUUUGCUCAGAUUCCAAUGGGAAAAACAGAUCAUCAGCCAGAAUCCUACAGAUAAUAAAAGGGAAAGAUUACGAAAGUGAGCCAUCACUUUUAGAAUUCAAGCCAUUCAGUAACGGUCCUUUGGUUGGUGGAUUCAUCUACAGAGGCUGCCAGUCUGAAAGACUGUACGGAAGCUACGUGUUUGGAGAUCGCAAUGGGAAUUUCUUAACUCUCCAGCAAAGUCCAGUGACCAAGCAAUGGCAAGAAAAGCCACUCUGUCUGGGCACCAGCACUUCCUGUCGAGGCUACUUUUCAGGUCACGUCUUGGGAUUUGGAGAAGAUGAAUUAGGAGAAGUUUACAUUUUAUCAAGCAGUAAGAGUAUGACCCAGACUCACAAUGGAAAACUCUACAAGAUCAUAGACCCGAAAAGACCUUUAAUGCCUGAGGAAUGCAGAGUCACGGUUCAACCUGCGCAGACCCUGACCUCGGAUUGCUCCCGGCUCUGUCGGAAUGGCUACUACACCCCCACGGGCAAGUGCUGCUGCAGUCCAGGCUGGGAAGGAGACUUCUGCAGAAUUGCCAAAUGUGAGCCAGCAUGUCGUCACGGAGGGGUCUGUGUGAGACCGAACAAGUGUCUCUGUAAGAAAGGCUAUCUUGGUCCUCAGUGUGAACAAGUGGACAGAAGCAUCCGCAGAGUUGCCAGGGCAGGUAUUCUGGAUCAGAUCAUUGACAUGACAUCUUAUUUGCUGGAUCUUACAAGUUACAUUGUAUAGUUUCUGGGACAGUCUGAAUAUUUCUUCCUGGUGGGCAUUUAUUUGAUCUUGUCAUUAAAAAGAGAGACUCUCCUCCUGCUACACACUCCUGUGAGUUCAUUCUCUUUUAGUAACUUAAAAGCAAUUUCCAGAAAUGUGCAGAUUUCAGUGUGUAUGUUGCACGUUUGUUCACAUACACACAUACACACGUGUGCACACACACAAUCCCCAGACUCAAGGUUGUAUAACAGAUGGUUUUGAUUUGUUUUUUUUUUAUUUUUUAAUAUCUACUUCCUUGUGUGGAGUGCUUCACAUGGAAGUUCCAUUGCGGAUUGAUCACAGAAUGUUUAUGGCAUCAGAAGAUAUUCUUUUAGUUCCUGGGAAAUUUCUGUCUAUAAUUACUAAAGUCAACCAUAGUAGGCUUUCGAAAUGUUAUUGUGCAAUGUGGUGGAAAUAUUUUUAUAUUAAAGGUCUAUAAUAAGAGAGCAUGUUUCCAAACUCCUUGGUGAAUUUCCGAACAAGCAACUUGAUGUAAGGUCGUCAGCUUCAUUUUGGGUGAUGUGUCUAUUACAGAAUGUAACGCAUUUACCGUUUUAUUUGACAGAUCAAUAUAGUUACUUCAGCUGAAUCUCAAGAUGGUUUUCAAAUGUUUUUUGAUUAAAUCAGAAUGACCUAUUUGAAAAAGCAAUCUUCAUGAAUAGACCGCUUCUAUUGUAUAUUUUGUGUAACAAUAGGCACUGGGUUUGUGUUACAUAUUUAUAUUUAUAUUUUAUUUUUAUAAUAUAGACAUCACCCAGAUGAAACACCUUUACCCUGUCCUGUAAAAUACUAAAGCUACAUUUUCACCAGCUUAAUUGGAAAGAAGGGGAGCAAGAAAGCAAAUAGCCUCUAAUGUGCUGUGGAUCUAGUCUAGCAGUGUGUCCUUAUGCCGACAUGUAAUCACGCUGGUCAGACGGAAAAGCGAGGAAGCAGCCAGUCCUUCCAGAGCGCCAGCGUUGCGCACUCAUGAAGUGCUUUCCCCACAGCCAGUCUGUCAGUCUGAGGGAUUAAAAGCUUAUGGCGUGCACUCUGAAUCCACCCUCCAUGGAGAAUGACCUGCUUGUUCAUAGCCAGCUCAGCUUGUGUAGGCUGCCAAAUGCACAGAUUCUUAGGAUCCUCAUUCUUGACAACACAAACUCCCAGUGCAUAGGUUCCUUCACGAUUCUGGGACAACACCCUUUGGUUCUUGCCUCGAUCAGUUUCCUAUAAAUGCCCUGUUCAGAUUUUCUUAAAGAAAUAAUGUACUCUAAACUUAAAUUACAAGCAUCUGACAGGCAUUUUUCUCAAUGGUUUUCCGUUUGCCAUCUUUCCAUGUUUGGGUUUUUAACAGUGUAUAAGGGUUUUUGUACUACUGACUGUGAUAAGCACACACCCUCUACCCUGACAUCCAUUCCUAUGGAAUCCAAAUUGUAGAACCGUGUAAGUGCUCAGCACUGGAUGACAUUACACACAGGCUCCUCAUCUUCAGGAAUAUGAGUCUUAAUUCUGAAACAACAGCAGUCUCCCGGAUAGUAGUCCUCUGUUGUUUUAAGGGAGAGAAUUGCAAUUACAUUGUGGAUUCUAAGGAAUUCUAAGGAAUCCACCACAUAGAACAAUUCGUUGACUCCACUUACUCCUGUCUUCCAUAUAUGAUUACUUGGGGUUCCAGUGACCUCAUAACCAAUGGAAAUGGGUUGAGGAAUCUUGGUGCUUAGUGAACAAUAGCCUGCAUUAAGAAGUGCAUGCACAAUUGUGCACAAUUUAGCUUCAAUUGACAGUCUAUUCAGAGAAGUCUUGGGACUAAAUGAGCAUGGAGACCAAAUUGCCCUCUUACCCCAAAAAAAGGGUGGUCCCUCCAGUCGCACUAGCUCUCCAUUGGCCCAGCACUGUGAUAAAUCUCGCAAUGAACCAUGCAGUAGCCUGCAUCUGUAGGUGAAGAGAAAUCCCUUGUCUCUGUGGCUUUCUGUUCGUAGUCCUUUCACUGAAUUCCAUCACAGAAAGGUUUACAAUUUAAAAAAAAAAAAAAAAAGGAAAAACUGCCCUGACCACCAUUUUUGUAAGCGGACCUUCCUCUCAAAUCAUCCUGUAUUCAGCAUGGGUGACAUUGACAGAAUGGAAAUGACUCAUGAAGAAGCCAGCUGUCUGAAUCUGUCAGAUCGUACAGUUUUAUUACACAUACCCCCACUCACAGUUUGAGCAAAACCAAGAAGAAUACCCCCUGGAAAUCCAGCAAAGUCUUAAAGCCCAAGUGCUUCUUUUUACAUCUUAAAGAGAUGCUCCAUUGGUAGGCAUUCUACGCAAGCAACCUAGACAGAGCUGUUUUACAUAGCUCUCUUUCAAGUGACGUAGAGAUGUUAUUGCCUUUCCUAUAAUGAGUUAUCCAAAUGUAAUACCAAAUUCUCUUUAUAGAAAAUAGGAUAUUUAACCCAAGCAAAGGGUCUCUAGACUCCAUUCUUUCUGUCCUUAGGAGGAAAGUAGAUAACAGUGACUAUAGAUGACUAUGUGUUUUAGACUACAUGACCAAUUCUAAAAUCUUCUUUGACCUCUUCCCUGAAGUUAUUUUUUUAAAUUUAUGAUUGGGGAUUAUCAUAAAUGAUUUGUGAGAGAUAGAUGGGAAUUGGUUAAAAAGUAUGAGCUAAGAAAAAUAAAUGUUUAAUCAUUUAAAAGUCAAAAUCUACCCAUCUAACAAAGCACACAAUCUAAAACGGAAGAAUGUCGUUUAUGUGAACACUGUUGUAUAUGACAAAGAAGAAACAAACAGUUACUAUUCCCUGCCCAUCCUAUAGCUUAGCUCCAGGUACCAGCUAAGUGUGAAGUAGCCCUCCUAGCAGUAUUGUUGCCAAACUUUUGCCCUGAUUCAAAGCAUAUAAAUCAAUGAUAGGAAAACUAAGUAUCAUUAAAUUUCAAAGGAGAGACAUUUAGGCAAGCUCAGUGAUGGCAAAAAUGCUUUCGUUCAUACCUUCUCAUGUUAGGAUCUUCCUUAAGGUAUUGGAAGAUAUUUCGCAAGCUUACUCGGAAGUUUCUACAAUUUAACUGAUCAGUUUCAUGAAGGAUGGGCAAAGAAAUCUAUGCAUGUCUACAAAACCCAGCUAGAAAACUAUUCCUUAUCAUUUGCAUGGCUCUGAGUAGUGAUGGCUUCCCUAGUGGCCGUCUUGUGAACUGCUACAGAAUAACAUACUGUCAUUUUGUUUGUUUCUGACCUUUGUUUUAAUAUCUGAACCACAAAGGAUCCAAGGAGUCCACUCAGGGUGAGAAAAUGAGGUAGGAGGUGGCUGUGCAGCUGAGGUCUUUCCGAGCACACAACAAAUCUGCUAGGAGUCCCUCUUCUUUCUCUUAGCACAGGAAAGAAGCCCAGGUUAAGUUGGUAAGGGGAGGAAGUAUGCCAGUCAAGAAGGUAUAUCACUUUACAAUCUGAGCCUCUGUCUAGAAUGUUACCUAAGUUUUCUCCACCCUCACCCUUCUCUGCUCCUCCACCCAUAUCUACCAUCUCUCUUUGGAUCUCUUCUUCCUCUACUCUCCUGCAUUUUAUGGUGGUUUUCCCUAAACAGACACACCACGUAUGCCUGUCAUGACAUUGUCCUGGGACACAUACCUAUACAUUUUGUUGAGGCUUAUUUUCAUUUGUUUCCUCUCCUGGAGCCACGCUGACUUAAGUUCAGUAUCACUAAGAAGAGUAGAAAAAUAGCGCAGCAGGCUGGUCUAUUGCAGUCAUUGAAAGAAAUGACAAAAAGCACACAGAUCUUCCAGCGUAGCUGCCCCAUGCCAGUCUUCUAGCAAAGUCACCAGAAAGACAAGGAGACCCACCUUAGUAGAGAGCUUGAGAUGACAGGAGGGACACUCCUAGCUACUUCCUAUCAAAGUGACAACCAUCUUUGAUUUCUUCAAAGUCUACUUUGAAGAAAACGAUUUCAAAUCCACUUGGCAGGAAACUAGAGUCUUGGUGAUGAUGACCUCAGACACUUGUCUGCGUGGCAGAGAACUCAACCAAAGUUAUAUGCCCAGAAAACAAACACAUUUUUAUUCCCUGAGGGAAAGUGGUGGCACUGCUUCUGGGAACAUUGAUGGAUUCCCAUCAGCAAGCUCCCCUUUUCAUAUUUGAGACAUGCAUUUGCUCCGUCUUUCUUUGUCACACCAGCACAACUGGGCCACACAUCCGAUUAGAACUAUGACAUGCAGUGAGAUACAAGGUCUAAGAGCAGACACAUCUAGAUGUUGAGAACAUGUUCUUGGAGCCUGUCAGGUAUGGGUCUUAGCAAGUCCUGCCUGUCUUCCUUGGUGCCAUCUCCUCUGAGUAACUUCUGGAAUGGGCUUGAAGUCGCCUUCUAGAAGAAUACAAAGGACUCAUGGGAAGAUGAAGUGGAGCUAGAUGCUUGAUCCCCCAAAAUUCUAGCAACCUUGGAGAGAUUUCUUCAUUUAUGAGAUUGGCAUUUCCUUAAGUUCUAUUAAGUGUGAAGCCAAGAUCCACCCAUUCUUUACCUUAUUUUCCCAUACAAUUUAUUUAGGGCAUGUAUCAGCCAAUUGAAAAGAUGCAAAUAAGUAAUAGAUUUCUUGCAUCAAUAAAAAGCCUUAUACCUAAAAUUUCUCAUUUGUUUUUGUCAGUCAACAGUAAAAAUUUUAAAAACGGUACUAAUUCAGCAUUCAUUCUAAGGUAAUUUUUUCAUAUCCAUCACAAAGUAAGAUGUCAUUGUUUAUUCAGGGUUUUCUUUUCUGAAUAUGUAUUCUUUAUAGAUUUGAAAUACAUAUAUCCAUGUCCUGGCAAGUAAACAUACCUAUACAUAGUAUAUUAUCUCAGUUGGCUAUCAUUCUUUUAAGUAAAAAGAAUAGCUUUUUAUCAUCUAAUAUAUAUAAUCUAAUGUAUAUAUUUAAUUUUUUUCUCUAUAGUAUAUGUAUAUUAUAUCUCAAUAAUAUAUAUACACUAUAUAUUAUGAUGGAAAUUCACAGUGGCCAAAUAAUUUAAGUUUUUUCUUCUCAGUUAGAAAUUCAAUCUUAAACAUUUCUCUCUGAACUGAAAGCUGGCUAAUUAGUCGUUUCCAUUCACACGAACGAGGUGUGAUUAGGCUGGGUAUGGUCUGUGUCAGAAUAAACAUUGGAUGCUUCUUUACCCCAUAAUCUUAAAAUCUGGGCAUGACUUUUCUAGAAUGAACUAAGAAUCCAUAUUCAGAGGGCUCAUUUCAUCAUAUUAAUUUGAGAAGCUAAACUGACAAGCUGAUGAUAUCAGAUAUCCCUCUUAUCUUUUUCUACUCAGAGGAUGUGUAUGAACCUGCAUGCUGCUAAGAACCGUGAAGUAACAGUUAUACUGAAGUACUGUAGAAUUCGGGAAACUUGAUUCUCUGGGACAGGCUAACAGACUACUAUUUAAAAUAAAUCUACCUAAUUAGAAUGAAAAAAAUUAUUGAAUCAUGACCAUAAGCACAAAAGAAUUGUAAUAGAAAAAUCUCGUGUCCUCUUUGGAUUUAUCUGUGAUUGUUAAGUUUUUUGUUAAAUGUUAAGGGGUGGUUUUGUGUUUGAAUCUUCUCACAUAUUUUGGUGUUUUGAGUUGUCUAUUUCCCUCAGGUUAUUGACAAUUAAAGCGGUCUGUCCACAUGUUACAGGACAUUUCAGAACCAUUUCAUCCUUGGGUUUCUGUUAAUAAGAGGCAGCAGAUACUAGGAAUGAUUAAGAAGCCCAGGUGCAAGUUGAAAGGGUCAGGACUAGGCUAGGAACUCUUUAUGAUUUCUAGAACAUUCUAAAAAUUAAUAUGCAUGGCUACUGGCUCACAUGAUCCUCCAGAGUUUGAACUAAUCUGGUUUCACUAAAUCGAUCUGUAAAAGUAUGCAGUUUUCCUUGAUUCAACCAGCAAUCUAUUCAUUAAUGCAAUAUAAAUGCUGAAGUGCCUCGUAUAAUCUCCCACCAUUGAGAGGCGAGGGCAUCCGCAAGGACAGGGCUGGAAGUUCACUGGGAUGAUUAAGAUGUCCAAAACAGAAGAAACUCUCACUUCAACUAGCUCCAGCUUGCCUGAGCCUUAGACCCCAGCAGCGCUGAGUAGUACAGAUGGUCUCAAGUUCAUCUCUAUGUAUCUGUACAUGUCCACACACCUGUGUAUAUAUAUAUAUAAAUAUAUAUAUAAUUUAUCUAUCUGUACAAACACUACAUAUGUAUACACACUAUCUAUGUAAUAUAUAAUAUAUGUAUAAUGCAUAUAAAUUCUAACAAGUGUAUUUGUGUUAUCUUUAAAAAAUAGAACAACUGUAUCUUGAAAAGUGGUAAAUGCAGAGAAUUGGCUUUAUUGUUGAUCUGUGGAUUUAAUGUUUUGUAGGUGAAAGGAUGUUUUAAGUGUAUAAUGUCUUUUCUUAAUUUAAUAUAUUUAUGUAAAUGCAUGCCUGAAAUUUGAUUAGAUUGGCUGUGUUUUGUGUCUUAACAUGAUCAAAUGUAUUAAACUUUAUCUUAUGACUUCA